AUGGUCAAAUCCUUCCUUUUCCUUGGGCUGGGGCUCAUUGUGUCCAGUGGGACUGGUACCUUCUCGGCUCCAGUAGCCGAAACGCUCACAAAAUCGACGACGCCGCAUCUGGACCAAACUGCCCAGACGAGCGCGGACGGCAAGCGGACAAUUCGGGCGGCCGUCCCCGAUAACGAAGCCUCUUCUGAAAAUAGGGCUUUCGUGGACCCUGUUGCGCGCUUAAAGGGUAGCAGUAAUUGGCUGAAUACGACACUUAAAAAGUGGACUGGUGUCGAAUUCGUGACGGAGAAGGUACAAAACAGCGCGCUGAAACGGAAGCUGAACGAGUUAUUCUUAAUUCAUGGGAAGAAACUUUUUGACCUGAUCGAACGGAUCAGAAAGCCGUUCAGGCAAUUCAAGUUCGACCGAAAUGUGAAAAAGGCUGAACGCUUAAUCAACAAAGACAAGAAAUUCAAGGCUUUCGUCGACGAAGGCAUCACUCCAAAUGCGUAUUUGGUUGCGCAGGAAACUUUGAUGAAAAAUCCCAAGCUGGACGCUGCUACGCGGAAAAAGAAAGUUAAGCAGAUUGAGAAGUAUUUAGCGCUUCACGACCUGCUGAACUCAAGUUGA